AUGCUAAGUCACGAGGCCAACGGUGAGUCCGCAACCUACCUCCUCGCGUCCGUCUCGGAGCCAGACCCAGCGUCCACCACCCUCCCCGGCCGCAGCGCAGCGCAGCCAGGCCACGCAGGAGGCGAGCGAGGGCACGCCGACGCCAUCUGGUCGUCCAAGUGGGCUGCGACCCAGGGAGGAGGCGAGGUCGUCGUCACGGGCUCGGCCGACCACACCCUCAAGCUCUGGAACCCGCAAGCGCCCGCCGCCCCGACCCGCACCCUCCGCUCGCCCAAAGGCCUCGGCGUCGUCGCCGUCGACGUCGACAAGCACGACCAGGGCGCGUCCUUCCUCGUCAGCAGCACGCUCGACUCGGUCAUCACCCGCUGGAGCGUCGACGGCGAGCACGAGGCGCGCAAGACGUUCGGGCCAGCUGCGUCGUGGGACAUCUCGCUGCAUCCACGGGCCGAGACCAUGUCGACCGGCGGCGCCGACGGCAAGGUCCUCGUCCUGUCGUCGGCCGUCGACUCGUUCGGCGACGAGCUCGCCACGCUCGAGGCAAAAGGCUCGUUCGUCACGGCUGUCGAAUACAGCAAGGGCGGCAACCUGCUCGCGGUCGCGACCGACGCGGGCUACGUGACCCUGUUCGACGCCGAGACGGGCUCGCUCAUCUCGUCCUUCCCCGCCCACUCGGCCCCGAUCCGCUCCCUCUCGUUCACCUCGACCCUGCUCAUCACGGCGUCGGACGACCGGCGCGUCAACGUGUUUGACCUGCGCGCCCUCACGUCGUCGGCGGCGUCGGCUUCGGGCGGCAGGAGGGGCCAGGUCGCGAGCUUGGGCGGCCACGAGGGGUGGGUCGUCAACGUCGCGGCGAGGAACGAGAGGUUGCUCGCGAGUGGCUCGUCAGACGGCACCAUCAAGCUCUUUGACCUCGCAGCGCCCUCUCUCGCGCUGUCGACCCUGCGCGACCACACGGGCGACGUGUGGACCGUCGCGUGGGCGCCCGAGCGCGCGAGCGGCGCGGCGGGUGUCGAGGGCCUCGGCGGCGCGGUGGCGGGACUUGGCGGUGGGAGGAUGGUCAGUGCGGGAGAGGACGGGCGCGUCAGGUGGUGGAACGGCGGGGGCUGAGGGACGCCACUUGUCCGUCGCCUCGUCCCUCGUCUCUCUCUCUCGCUCUCUCGUACAACCUAGACCUGCAUAAUCCUCGUUCGAGCCUCGCGCUUCU